AUGAGCCAGCUGCGAGCCAGCAAGCCAGGACUCCUCGCAUGCACGGUAAUCUGCGUUCUCGGUUUUCUUUACUUGAGAAACCCCGAGGAGCCCGGGGAGGAGCCCGAGUACCCAGAGGUGGCAGAGUGUGGCUUCUAUCCUGACGAACUGUGUGCAGCGCUAUCUGAAGGGAAAGGGGCGGCCCCCCAAAUUGCAGCGCUCUGCAAACCCCCUCGCGGGACUGGAAUACCCGCCUACUUACGCGCUCCAGGAAACUGCUCUCGGGUGACCCAGGGGCUGCGCUUCCUAACCAGACCCCUGUCCGCAGAGGAGGCCAACUUCUCCUUGGCGUACAUUGUAACUCCUCCCCAGGAGCUGGCCAUGUUUGUGCGGCUUCUCAGGGCUAUUUACGCACCUCAAAAUGUUUACUGCAUUCAAGUGGACAGAAAGGCCCCGAGGAAGUUCAGGAGUGCUGUGAAAACCCUGGCCGGCUGCUUCGAGAACGUCUUCGUUUCCUCUAAGACGCGGAAAGCGGCCUCGGCUGCCCUUACGAGGCUCCAGGCAGACAUUAACUGUAUGGAAGAUCUAGUCCAUUCCAGAUUCCCAUGGAAAUAUGUCAUUAAUCUCUGUGGGGAAGAUUUCCCAAUCAAAACCAAUAAAGAAAUCAUACACUACAUCAGGAGCAAAUGGAACAAUAAAAACAUCACUCCUGGAGUUAUCCAACCAUCAAAUACUAAAUUCAAGGCAAGUCAAAGUGACCCUGAGUCCAGCCUGACAGGAAGUGUCUACGUGUCACCAAACGAAGGAUUCAAACACGAGCCACCUCAUAACCUGACAGUCUACUUUGGAAGCGCUUACUACGUACUCACAAGGAAGUUUGUGGACUUUGUACUGACUGACAUCCGAGCAAAAGACAUGCUCCGGUGGUCGGGGGACCUCCGCUGCCCCGAGCGGCACUACUGGGUGACCCUGAACCGACUGAGAGAUGCUCCGGGCGCCACACCAGACGCUGGCUGGGCAGGAGACAUCCGUGCCGUGAAGUGGAGAACGGAGGAAGGGAAGGCGCACGAUGGAUGCAAAGGGCACUACGUGCAGGACACCUGCGUGUACGGCCUGGGAGACCUGCCGUGGAUCAUUCGGUCAGCUUCCUUGUUUGCCAACAGAUUUGAGCGCUCGGCAGACCCCCUCGUGGUCACAUGCCUGGAGAGGCAGCACAGACGGAAGGCCCUGCAGCAGGCGGAAGUCGCCACAGAAGCGCACUGGCAUUUCCCACAGCAAAGCCACUUCAGCACCAGGCCGCACCACUGAGGGCUCUGCAGCCUCAUGGGCACCCUCCCACCUGCUGGGCCGAAGCCACGCAGCAUGAGACCAAGGGAGGGGCGAUGGACGGUACUUCCUGGACACAGAUCGCCCGGAAGUGAACUCAGAAACACGCUAUCAACAAGCCUUUGCUGACGAUGGCUUUCCAGCUCUGGGACGAAACCACAGAACAGUAACUGCAGCAGCUACUGGUGAGGCCAGCUGCCCCAGCACUCCUGGAAACCAAGUGCAUAACCCAGGGUCACGCUGGGUUGUAAACAAUGCGUUUUGGUUUGAGGGCCUGGAGAGUCCUGUGUAUGAGAUACUAAUAAAGACCAAACUCUUAACUGGG